CCCAGUUAUAUAUACUCUUAUUUAUUUUUAUAGCUCCAAAUCAAACUUUCCAGCUAACUCCUCCUCAAAACUAUACAUCAACAACGCAGCUACUAACUCGUGCUAAUUUUCUGCCAGCUGUCUGGCUGGCUGACUUAUUUAAGUAAUCACAUCAAAACCAAUUAGCACAGCCAAAUCAAACUACAAUCCAAUAACGAUUACCAUCAUUCCUUCGCAAAUUCUUCUUCUCUAGUCUCUCUCAUGGAAGCACAGCCAAAUCCGGUGAAGAUUGGUGAGGUAUGCAGAGUGGGUCCAAUGGCGCCGGCCUCAUCUGCGCCCAGCUCAGUACUUCCUCUCACCGUUUUCGAUCUUCUCUGGUUGAGAUUUCCUCCAAUCCAACGCUUGUUCUUCUACGAAUUACCCUCUCAUCUCGGCACGACCGCGGCUUUCUCCCUGACCGUUCUUCCAAGAUUAUUGAAACAAUCGCUCUCUCUUACCCUCCAGAUAUGGCCUCUUCUCGCCGGAAAUUUGGCAUGGCCUCAGAAUUCCCACAAACCUGUAAUCCAAUCCCUUGACGGCGAUGCUGUCUCGCUCACCGUAGCCGAGUCCAGAGCCGAUUUCCGCCAUCUCUCCGACAAAUCCAGCAUCCGUGAAGCGACAGAGUACCAUUCUCAUCUACCAGAGCUUCCAUCUUCUCACUCGAGAGUUCCAGUUCUGGCUUUACAAGUCACUCUGUUCCCGAACUCGGGGUUUUCCGUUGGUUACAGUGCGCACCACGCUGUGGUGGACGGGUAGACCCUAACCAUGUUUAUGAAUGCAUGGGCUUCGAUUUGUUCGUCUUCUAAUUCCAUGACGGAUCAGCCAUUGUACGGCCGGGCCUUUCUCUCUGAGGAUCAAGAAAGAGCUAUGCUAAAAAGGGUGCUGGAUCAAGGCGGA